AUGAACUAUGAAGAGAUGGAAGCAGAAGCCAAUGUGUCCACGGUGAUGCAGUUUGUACUCCUGGGAUUUUCUGACCUUCCCAACCUCCAAGGGUUACUGUUCGGGCUGUUCUCCAUCACUUACAUCAUGAUCUUAAUCGGAAAUAGUCUCAUCAUAAUACUAACGAGGCUCGACACUGCACUCCAGACACCCAUGUAUUUUUUCCUGGCCAACUUUUCCUCUUUGGAAAUCUGCUACGUGUCCGUCACUCUCCCUAGGGUCCUGGUCAACCUUUGCACUCAGGAUAGGAGCAUUUCUAUGCGGGGCUGUGCCACUCAAAUGUGCUUCUUCCUGAUGCUGGCAACCACUGAAAGUUUCCUCCUGGCCGUGAUGGCCUAUGACCGCUACGUGGCCAUUUGCAACCCUCUGCACUAUCCCCUGGUCAUGAACCACAGGGUGUGCAUCCGACUGGCCGUGGGCUCCUGGGUCUGUGGAAUCCCAGUGCAGAUAGGGCAGACGUGCCAGAUCUUCUCUCUGCACUUCUGUCAUUCGAACCACAUUAACCACUUUUUCUGUGACAUGCCUCCCAUUCUGAAGCUAGCCUGUGGAGACAUAUCCCUGCAUGAGCUGUCUGUGUAUGUAGUAGUUCUGCUGGUUGGCGCUGUCCCUUUUAUGUUGAUACUUGCCUCUUACAGCAAAAUCAUUUCCACUGUUCUGAGGUUGCCAACAUCCAGAGGUCGGGACAAAGCCUUCUCCACCUGUUCCUCUCACCUGCUGGUUGUGCUCUUAUUUUUUGGAUCUGCCACCAUCACCUACUUAAGGCCCCCAUCCAGCCAUUCUCCAGGAACGGACAAACUGCUCUCUCUGUUUUAUACCAUCGUGACUCCAAUGUUUAAUCCCCUGAUAUACAGUCUUAGGAACAAGGAUGUGAUUGCAGCACUCAGAAAAUUGUUUCUUAAAAUAUAG